CUUUUGUACGUGAAAAUUAGCUAUUAAGAAGGAAAUUAAGGGAUUUUAGGCGGAAAUUUAGAGGUUUGAGUGGGGAUUUUGGGAGUUAAGGGGUAGGUUUAGGGCCAUUGAGAUUUUAGGGAGGGUUUUUGGGGGUUUUAUGUGCUGGAGUGAGUAGAAGUGGAGAUUUUUUGAGAUUUUGGGCUGGAUGAGGGUUUUAGGUGUGUUUGGAGGUGGGGAGUGUAUGAGAGGAUGUAAAUGGGUGUUGAGAUGGAUGAAAUUUUAGGGAGUUAAGUUGGGUUUUAUGAGGAUUUUUAAUAGAAGAGGGAGAAGAGAAGCUCUUAAUCUUUUGGGGUGAAAUUUUAUGAUUUUAGGUCAGUGUAUAUUUAUUUCCUCUUUGGUGUUUGUUAUCAAAGUUUAAAAUAAUAUUGGUAUUAGUUUUAUAAGGUUUGAUUUAAUAAAGUCUUAAUAAAUAUAAUAGAAAUCUCAGAAAAUAUCUUGGUUUAAAAUUUUUCGGUCAUUCUGAUGAAUUGUUUGGAACUCGGAUGUGAUAAAAAAUUUAGAAAAUUUCCGAAAAAUAAUAAGAGCAGGAAAUUGUAGUCUAUAUUUUCUUAUUUCAUAAUUAUUAAAAAUAGCGAAAAUGUAUCCCAGAUGUCUUUAAAUUUAUCAUUUUUGAGGAUCCAUAAAAAUGUACUCUACACGAAUUUCUUGUCCUUAGUUCUGAAUUUUCAGAAUUAAUUUCUUCAUUGAUUUCAAAGGUCAGAGAAAAUGGUAGCAAGCUUAUUGAAGAGAUUUAAUUACAAAGAGAGGCUUGAAGCCCUCAAUAACAACAUCAAAAUGCCUUCUCUUGGAUCUAAGUCUUUAGAAAUUAUCUUGACCUUCUUAAAGAAAAUUUCGUAGCUGAGAAACUAAUUCUGAAUAGGACCCAAAACGUGUCUAUUGAAGCAGAUUUCAGAGAAUCGUUCAGAGCAAAUAGUUCUUCAUAGAAGGCUCUGAACUCACUAAAUUAUUCCUAAGGACUGCUAGUCCUAAAUACUUUAGGAGUUAUGAGAUUCGAUCAGACCUUCUUUUCUUAAUAACAAACUUGAUAUUUCACAAAUUGCAUGAUAAGGACGAGAAAGAAACAACUUUUUAAGCCAUAAUAGCUCAUAUAUGCAUACAAAAGAAGCUUCUGUUAAAGCUAGAGAGGAGGUUAGCAUAACAACCAUAUUGAUUAUUAGUAAAACCUAAUAAAAUGAGCAAAACCUGUUUAGGUUGUCAGGCAAGACUUUCAUCCUUGCUGAUAAGCUCUCUACUAAUGACUAAAAUACUGUAGCUUAAUUAUACUAUUAAGCGCAGGUGAAUGCAGCCAAAAUAAUAAUGUCACUUCUGAUAAUUUUUCUCUGAUUAAUAACCAAAAAUUGUAUAAAUCUUUUAGGCAAGGAGACUCGAUGUUUUUGAGACUGGAAAAGGCUGAUAGACCUCUGCUAGUGCUUCAUGAAAUAAGGUCCAGCCCUGAAAGAAUUAGAUAAAGACUAGAUUCAUAAAAAUUCAGAGGUUCUAGUACGAUUUUUAAAUUCGAACCAUGAUCAGACCUUCAAAAUGCCAGUUGAAGAAUGGAAUCUUAAUAAUAUUUCAUGUAAAUGAAACUAUGAGUUUAUGAGAACUGGACUGAUAUACUUGAUUUAGGGAUAAAUCAUAAGAAAUCUGAAUUAAUCAUGAUUUGCUUACAAUAUUCCGUUAGCUCAAUCUUGAAAGGCACCCUCUCACUAGUUGAUAUUUCAGUCAGUUAUGAAUAAUUACUUGAUGUGAUAGCAAAUUUAAACAGAUCUAAACUCUAUCUUGCUUCAUUGGAUCUCAAGACCCUGUGAUGAGAAUAGAAAAUAACUAAAUCAUUCUGUGAAGAAAGAAUAUGGCUCAUCUUUCUCAUUGAAAAUUAUCAACCAAGAAUACGAAAUUAUCGAGGCGGACAGAAAGACAUUUGAAAUUAAUUUUCACAGAAUGUUUACCAACCUGGGUAACCUUACCACCUUGGAGAUGCGAUGCCAUGAAGAUAUAUAAAGCUACUAAAAAAUUUAAUAAUUAAUAAAUAAAGAUGUAUAACAAUUUUUCCAUGUAUUGAUUAGAAACACAAGUUCCUUUCAUGAAUCAGAAACUUGACUUAGAAGCAACUCUGUCUAUCUUUGCAUAUCAAUAUUGUUGGGGAGAUCAUAACUUUGCAUCAAAUAGUAGUGCCUCCUUAAAUAUGCCAAUCAGAGAAACUACUAUCAAAGACGUUGGUAAUUACAAUGGUUCGCUACUUUAUGAUCAACCAAAGCAAGAAAUAAAGAAGAAAGUAAACAAGAAGCCUCUACCAGAUAUCUCAUCAACCCUGUCAUCCAUCCUUGAAAUGACUGAAUCCCCAAAGGGAAUCUUCUUCAAAGCCUCACCUAAGAGUUCUAGAGGCCUCCACAACGGAACCUCUGCUCGCCGCUCUCGUUUUGUCGGGGUCCUCGGAAACGGCAAGCGCUGGCAAGUUCUCAUCAACGUGUCAGGCAAGAAGAGAUACAUUGGAACCUACUCAAGCGAGCGUGAAGCCGCUCUUGUGCACGAUUGCUACUCAAUCGGCCUGAACGGACUGAGAGCCAAAACCAACUUCGACUACGACUCUGCAGCUCUGAAAGAAAUGAUCGGGAACUACUUCACAAACGACUGCUGUUUCAAAGCAGCAGAGUUCAUGAACAGAGUGUAAAGGAAGUGUACAGCCAAAAGAAGUAGCCAUUUAUCCAUUGUUUUAAACCAGAUA